AUGAGCGUCAAGAAGUUUGACAUCCUCAGCCUGCCGCUCGUCCCGGCUUCCGAGCGGCUCACAGUCAACCUCCUGCCGGACCCAGUGACACCAGCACCACGAUCCAUCGUUUCCGUCCCCGACUCGCAGCCCUCGCUGGUGCGAAGGUCUCGUCCCGUAGGUCAGGGCUCUCACUUCAGCUACCUGUCCACACUCCCACUGUCCUUUCCGUAUGACUUUCCUCCCGAGGAAGAAGGUGAACAGUCGCUAGGCGACAAGCACCAGAAGGAGGCGGAGCAGGACGACGCAGACGAUGCACAUCUCACGGAGGGACAGAGGAAGCAAAAGGUCGAACGAGCCCACAAAAGGAGGAUGCAGGAGGUGGAGCACAUGUUGCAGCGAUACGAGGUACAGCCAACGGAGGUGGGCGGCGCGAGCGGUUCCGAGGCAUCUACCGGCCUCACAGGUUUCGUCCCGCCUCGUCGUCGACACCAGCAUUUCGCUUCGGCUCGACUUCUCGGAGUGUCACCGGCAGCUCUUCGCGACUGUCUUCCUCAUCUCGAUGUCGGCGACAUCUUGGAAUGGAUUCAGAGCAACAACAAGAAGGCUGGUCCCAGCUCAUACAGCUCCGGUCCCAUCGCCGACGCAGGCUCAUCGGACGCCUCUUCACCACAGGCUGCUGCUCGCAAGACGCUGAGCGACUUUGUCUCUGGCCGUCUCAUUGGAGCUCGUAUCGGCGCCAAGCCCGACGAGCUCGAGAAGGACGAUCGAGCCGGCUACGGCACCAAGUAUAUGCGGUACCGCGAGAAGGUGAUCAAAGGCGAGCAGGCUGAAGAGCCUGCCGCCGAGCGCAUCCUGCGACGUCUCAAUGAGCUUGAAGAGAAGCGCGCCUCGCCGGACACCACCGACUACGCUCCCUGGUCUCUCUGCUAUGCCGGCCACCAAUUCGGUGUCUGGGCUGGCCAGCUCGGCGAUGGUCGUGCAUUCACUUUGAUGGAGACCAAGAACCCCGGAACCAGCGAACGAUGGGAGAUCCAGCUCAAGGGCGCGGGUCGAACACCCUACUCGCGCUUCGCCGACGGUCUCGCCACCCUUACCAGCAGCGUCCGCGAGUACCUCUGCAGCGAAGCCAUGGGGGCCCUUGGCAUCCCCACCAGCCGCGCGCUCGCCGUCGUCGCCCUGCCCGAACUCCACGUCGUCCGUGAGCGUCUCAACAUGGCCGCCAUCACCACGCGUCUCUGUCCCUCAUGGCUGCGCAUCGGCUCGUUUCAGAUCCACAGCUCGCGCGGCGAGUGGGAGUCGGUCCGCAUCCUCGGCGAGUACGUCUCCCACGACCUGUUCGGCUUUACCGACGUCAUCAAAGGCGGCGCUGUCGGCGACGAGGCCACACGACCAGCAUGGGUGAGGCGGAUGGUGGAAGAGGUGGCAAUGCGCAACGCACGCACCAUCGGGCUGUGGCAAGUCUACGGCUUCAUGCACGGCGUGAUGAACACGGACAACAUCGCGCUCACCGGCCACACGAUCGAUUACGGACCGUACGCGUUUAUGGAUCUGUACGACGAGGGGCAGAUUUGCAACCAUUCGGACGGCGAGGGUCGGUAUGCGUAUCGGUUGCAGCCGACGAUGGGCGUGUUUGCGAUCCGGGAGCUGCUGAAUGCCGUCGAGCCGCUGGUCGGGUUUGAGAUCGAGAACGGCCGUGCUCCGGCGCCGGGCGAACUGCUGGCAGCGAGCGACGAACAGAUGGACGAGUGGCGCGAGCUGUGCUCCGACGAAUUUGCCGAGAAGCUCGAGCACACUUUCACCAACACGCUGCUCGAGCAGUGGAAGGAGGCGUACCGGGCUCGACUUGGGCUGAAGACGGUCGAGGCGGAUGAUAAGAGCGCCAUCAUCGAUCCGCUCUCCGCUGCACUGUCGGAUCUGGACUUUUCGACGACGCUGCGUCGACUCUGCCAGUUCCCUGCGCUGCUCAAAGCGCGCGGUGCAACGGUCGACGACGAGACCAAGCUCAAGGACAUCGUCAACGACUUCCUCGCCGGCAGCGACACCCUCGAGCCGUGGUACGACGUCUCGGUCCUUCCCGAGUACAUUCGCUCGCAGAAAGAAACCCAAACGCGCAGCUGGCUGCUCACCUACGCCCGUCGUCUCCUCCAAGAAGGCCGCGACGGAGACGCCGUCACUGCCGAGAUGAAGGCCAAGAAUCCGCGCUUCGUGCUGCGCAACUGGGUGACCAACGAAGUCGCCUCGCGGGUGGAGAAGGACAACGACACAGAUGUGCUCGCCAAAGUGCUCGAGAUGGCCACGUCGCCGUUCGAAGACUGGGGUAUCCCUCGCGAGGGGAAGACGGCGGACGAGGUGGAGGAGGAGAAGAGGCUGUGUUCGCUCGGCAGGCCGCUCACGGGCAACCUGCCUUCGUGUUCUUCCUGA